AUGGUGCGGGUGUCUCUGCGACUCAGCCGGGAGUCUCAGUGCCUGCCUCUGGCGAGCGCGGGCAGGGGACAGUAUGAGGGUGCGGGCAGGCAGGAGCAGGAGGAGGAGCGAGGCUGGGUCCGCGCGGUCCGCCGCCCGCCCCGGGGCGCCCCUCCCUCCCGCCGGAGCCCCCAGCGAAACUGUCAAAACUUGGGAGCUGGAGCUGCAGCUGCUACCGCCGCCGCUGCCGCCGCCAGCCCGGGAGGAGGGGGAGCAGGAGCUGGAGCAGGAGCUGGAGCAGGACGAGGAGGAGGUGGGGGGGAGCAGCGGGAAGGGCGGAGCAGCCUGACGCGGCAGCCCGAGCGCAGGAGGGGCGGGGCGGGGCGGGGCGGGGCCCGGCCUGGCCCUACCUGCCCGGGGCUUGGGGCUGAGCCUAGUUCGGCCGGGGCUCCUCGGGCCCGGGAGGGGCGGCCGGCCCCGGGAGGCACCCGGUGCGUUUCGCCGUGCGCAGGGCUCCCUCUCCAAGGCCUGCACCCCGACCCCCCGGCACAGGCCCGGGCUGCCCCCUUCCCCCCGGCCUCAGGACCCUCGGGAUCCCGAGGAGCACCUGGGGCAGGACGGCUAAGGUGGUUAGUCAAGAUGGGAAAAAAAAUUUGUCUUUGGUAUUGGUCUGGAACUGAAAGAACUGGGAGGAGAGGCCGCUUCGUUCCAGAGGGACCAGAGAUCAGACGCCUUAGUGGACUUAACCCUUUCAUUGCUGGAACUCCCACCCUGGGGCCCCAAUAUCUCAGACUGAUGAAGAAACUGAGGCAAACAGGAUUAAAGGACUUGCCAAGAGUCAUAUAUAGCUUACAAAGAAGAAAAAGGCUAUAAAGAAGAAAAUCAUGGCCUGCUACGGGAGAUUAGAGGGUGGAAGAAUGUGUCAGAAAGAAGAAAAGAGAAUAAAUACCACUGAACAUUCAAGACUAAGCAACAGAUAUAAGACUUCCUGAAGAGGAGGAAGACUCCCUUUGAGGAGGAAGGAGCUGCUUGUCCUCCAAGAAAAGAUCAUGUGUAUCCACAGGUGCUGCCACAUGAGAGACCAUCUCAUAAAGGUCGUAAGAUUAAGAAGUGUGUAAUGGUGAUGGUCAACUCCCUGCUGAGGGAUAUGGAGGCUUUUCUCUGUUGAUCAUAUUACAAUAGAGAGGUGUACCAUCUGUUUCUUCCCAAAGCAUAGCAGCUUAAAAUGGCUUGUCUCGCCUUAACAGUAAUUUUGUCCUUCAAAAUAUGGAAGAAAUGAACUACUGUUCUAGAUCUGACUCUAAGCAAAAAGAAGAAACUGAUUUCUGGGGAGUAGAAGUAAGGGGACUCUUGGGGAGAAGGGAUCACCACCAAUUAGGGUGUAUAGAUGAUGAUGAUAAGGAGUGAUGUAGAGAAAGUGCAAAUGCCAGACUUUUAUUUUCCUUCUGCUUUUUUCUUCAUAGAGAAUGAUCUUUGGACUGGAAAGAACAAAGUGAAAGUGGUUAAUGGGGAGGUAAUACCCAAAAUAUGAAAGAAAGCACCUGGAAGUUAGAGUGCACCUAACUGCCCUCAGUCCACCAGACUCAAAAUGAAUUGUAUCCUGCAUGCUGAAAGAACUGUCAGAUGUGAUGGCUCAAUUGCUUCAGUGAUCUUUGAAAGAUCGUGGAGAUAAUUUUUCACCAGGCUGCAAUCCAUACUCCUCCAUCUUGCCCUAGGAAAUUGUUCAUCUGGAAGAUAACCUCAGCCCUGUAAUUUACAGGUUGGAAGUACUGGUGGCCCCUGCCGCUCCUUCUUCUGAUUGGAUGGCUUCUCCAAGAAUUUUCCUUUGAAGAGGGCUUCCCAUCUAGCCAUCUCUUCCUUUCUCACUCACUCGGGUUGCACUCUAGAUUCCUCCAUCAUGCCCACUACCUUACUCUUUCCCCCAGUCCUUUUCAUCUUCCUUUUAUGUGUUGUUUUCCCCAUUAAAACAUACCCUCCACUCCCGCCCCCACAGAGACUAUCUUUCUUUCUGCUUGUAUUUGAAUUCCCACUGCUUAGCAUAAUGCCAGCAUGUUGUAAACAUUUAAUA